GCUGCACCACAGUGGGAAUUCCUAGACAAGUUUUUUAAAGAUGCUGAGCAGUCAGAGAACAUGACAAGUAUGCAGUAGAAGUGUCUUCCCUUGUUAAAAUGAUACAAUUUCCAUUUUAAUGGUGUUUCUCUUAUGAGACUAAUGAUGGGGUGGCUUAUUUGAAUUAAUGCAAAACUCAGUUAUACUAAAAAAUUUUUUGAAGGUAAACUUGGAGAAAUGUGAUGAAUGAAGCAUUAUUGUUCUUUUGCUUACUUAUUCAACAAAGAGCUAUAUUUUUAAGAACAUAGUGGAGGCUGGGCAGAACGCUAAGCACAGGGGACACAGCAGUGAGGACGAUGGCGAAGACUCUAGCUCUUGAGCUCUUUAGGUCACAUGGACACACAGGCAAGUAUAACAUAGUGUGACAAGCAAAGUAAUAGGAUAUGAACAGGAACACUGAAAAGGCAUAGUUAUUAGAAAAAGCCCCGCCUUCCCUUUUUAUUAACAAAUGGAGCUUUCUCCAGGUCACAAGGAAAAUAAGAGCCCUUUUAUGGUCUUUUGAAAACUGCACUCCUCUCCUCCCAUUGCCAUCAACUUUAUAAGGCAAUAAAUCAAUCCUGGCAGAAGGUGUCUACAUCAGCCCAGUCGCCUUUGCUCAGUGCUCCUAAGAGGCACUGAAGGACAGACACAGCGCAUAAAGAGAUACGGCUAUGAGAUGGCGAGGAAGUUUAGCAUAUUGGAAAUCCUUCUGAUCAUCUUUGUCCUAAUUAUAUUGGCCGUAGAUAUCCUCUUGCUGCUUCUCGUGUUGGAAAAUCCUUCAGAUGCUUCAUUUAUUCCGGAGUGUCCAGAAGUCCCUGAAGCAGAAAGGAUAGACUGUGCUCCCGGCCAGGAGGUGACAGAGGAUGUCUGCAGAUGGAGAUAUAAGUGCUGCUGGAAGCCUGUCGCAAACACUGAUAUCCCUUGGUGCUUCUUCCCCAGAAACUGGGGCUAUGAAGUCAGCAGUUGGGUUAAAAAUACAAGCACAGUGCUUUCUGCCCAGUUGAGAAGGUUGCCGUCCCCGUCCCUGUUUGGAAAUGACGUCAUCGACACCCUCUUCACAGCUGAGUACCAGACAUCCAAUCGUUUUCAUUUCAAGGUCACUGAUUUCAAUAACAUACGCUAUGAAGUCCCCCAUGAAAGUGUCAGGCUGUUCGACGAUGGGGCUGCUGAUACCUCCAAUUCGAGCUAUCACGUAGAAAUCGUUAACAAACCCUUCAGCGUCAAAAUUAUGAGGACGAGCAACCAGAGAGUCUUGCUGGACACAAGCAUCGGGCCCCUCCAGGUUGCCCAGCAGUAUCUGCAGCUGUCCUUCCGGCUACCCAGCGCCAACGUGUACGGGCUGGGAGAACACGUGCACCAACAGUACCGCCACAGCAUGGCCUGGAGGACCUGGCCCAUCUUCACCCGGGAUGCCACCCCCACCCAGGGUAUGAUUAAUCUGUAUGGAGCUCACCCAUUCUUCCUGUGCCUUGAAGACACCAGCGGCUACUCUUUUGGGGUUUUUCUGAUGAACAGUAAUGCCAUGGAGGUCACCCUCCAGCCCGCUCCUGCUAUCACUUAUCGUACCACUGGGGGCAUUCUCGACUUCUACGUGUUCCUGGGAAAUACUCCAGAACAGGUGGUUCAGGAGUAUCUGGAGCUUGUUGGACGACCAUUCUUGCCUCCCUACUGGAGUCUUGGGUUCCAGCUUAGUCGUAGGGAUUAUGGUGGCAUCGACGGGUUGAAAAAAGUUGUAAACCGAAAUCGUGCAGCUGAGAUCCCAUAUGAUGUCCAGUACUCUGAUGUAGACUACAUGGAUGGAAAGAAGGAUUUCACUGUUGAUGGAGUGGCUUUCUAUAAUCUCUCAGGUUUUGUCAGAGAGUUACAUAGCUAUGGAUUGAAAUAUGUAAUUAUGAUGCAUCCUGGCAUCGUAAAUAACUCUGACUACCCUCCUUAUGUGAAUGGAAGAGAAAAGAGAGUGUGGAUCUUGGGGAACAAAGGUGCUGUCAUUGGGCAGGGGUACCCAGGAUGGACAGUCUUUCCUGACUUCAGUAAUCCAGCUUGCACUGAAUGGUGGAAAGACCAGUUCGUUGAAUUUAACAGUACUCUGGAGUUUGAUGGAGUGUGGAUUGAAAUGGAUGAAGUAUCCAGCUUCCUCCAAAGUCCUGAUCAUGAGUGUGAACUGAACAACUUGAACUUUCCUCCUUUCACUCCUCGUGUCGUGGACCGCUUGCUUUUUGCAAGAACCCUCUGCAUGGACGCUGAGUUUCACGAGGGCCUUCACUAUGAUGUCCACAGCCUGUAUGGCUACUUCAUGGCAAGAGCCACAGACAGGGCGAUGGAGGCCAUCCUCUCCAAUAAAAGAGGCUUCAUCCUGUCCCGUUCUACUUUUGCCGGAUCUGGCACAUUUGCUGGUCAUUGGCUGGGGGACAACGCAGCCACAUGGGAUGAUCUCCGAUGGUCCAUUCCCAGUAUCCUGGAAUUCAACCUAUUUGGCAUUCCCAUGGUGGGCGCCAACAUCUGUGGUUAUACAGAAAAUGUCACAGAGGAACUCUGCAGAAGGUGGAUGCAGCUUGGAGCAUUUUAUCCGCUAUCGAGGAAUCACAACGGGCCUGGGUUCAGGGACCAGGAUCCGGCUGCCUUUAGUGAAAACAACUCAACGCUGUUGAAUUCCGCCAGACACUAUUUGAACAUCCGCUACACCCUGCUGCCCUAUCUCUACACCCUUUUCUACCGAGCUCAUUCCUUGGGGGAGACCGUAGCCAGGCCCCUCGUCCAUGAGUUCUACCAGGACCCAGCCACGUGGGAGGUGCACGAGCAGUUCCUCUGGGGGCCUGGACUCCUCAUCACGCCUGUUUUAUAUGAAGGUGUGGACUCUGCAAAAGCGUACAUACCGGACGCCAUCUGGUACGACUAUGAGACUGGAGUAGCCACCCAAUGGAGGAAACAAUUUGUGGAGAUGCUACUGCCAGGUGACAGGAUAGGACUUCACCUUCGAGGGGGCUACAUCUUUCCCACCCAGCAGCCAAACACAACCACAGAGGCCAGUCGGAGGAAUUCCCUGGGACUCAUCAUUGCCUUGGACUAUAAGAGAGAAGCAAAGGGGCAGCUGUACUGGGAUGACGGUGAAUCUAAAGAUGCUGUAGCUCAAAACAAAUACAUUCUGUAUGAUUUUUCUGUCACCUCUAACCGUCUCCAGGCAAAGAUUAUAAAAAAUACGUACACAGACCCCAACGGACUCACAUUUACAAAUAUCACAAUCUUGGGAAUGGACAAGGAACCUGCUAAUUUUACUGUCUUCCUUAAUAAUGCUGCCACCCCCAUUUCAAACGUUGUCUACACCAGUUCGACAAAGGUGGUGAGCAUCCCUGAUCUCCAGGGACUGUUACUGGGACAAGAAUUCUCCAUUGAGUGGAAUCUUCCAGUGCAUGACCUGCAGAAGUUCAACUGCUACCCCGAGGAGCCUGCGGUCUCCGAGGAGAACUGCCAGCAGCGGGGGUGCCUGUGGGAGCCCACGACGGUGCCCGGCGUGCCCACCUGUUUCUACGACACCAUCCCUAAUUACGCCGCCAGCAACAUUCAGUACCUGCCCACGGGCAUCACCACAGACCUUUCCCACCUGACAGCCCCUGAAUCGGCAGCACCACCGUCUUCACGGGGCGAGCAAAUCCAACCCCCAGUCGCCGCCGCCGCCGCCAAGGCUGCCUCGGCCUCCGAUCCCCUCUCCGCCAAGAUCAGCUUUCUCCGAGUGAGCGUCAUCUACCACACCGCAACCAUGCUGCAGUUCAAGAUCUAUGAUCCCACUAAUAAAAGGUAUGAGGUCCCAGUAUCUCUGAACACACCUCCCUCUCCAGUUGGCUCCACUGCAGACCGGCUGUAUGAUGUCAGGAUUCAGAACAAUCCUUUCGGGAUCCAGAUUCGACGAAAAAGCUCUGGCACUGUGAUUUGGGACUCGCAGCUCCCUGGUUUCACCUUCAACGACCUGUUCCUUUCCAUCUCCACGCGCCUCCCGUCUCAGUACCUCUAUGGCUUUGGGGAGACAGAGCACACGACGUUCAGAAGAAACAUGAGCUGGCACAUGUGGGGAAUGUUCGCCCGAGAUGAACCCCCCGCGUACAAGAAGAAUUCCUACGGUGUCCACCCCUACUACAUGGCACUGGAGGGGGAUGGCAAUGCCCACGGAGUCCUCCUGCUGAACAGCAACGCCAUGGAUGUGACCUUCCAGCCGACUCCUGCCCUGACAUACCGCACCACAGGAGGAAUUUUGGACUUUUAUAUGGUUUUGGGGCCAACCCCCGAGCUUGUAACUCAGCAAUACACCGAGUUGAUUGGUCAGCCAGCAAUGGUUCCAUACUGGGCCUUGGGAUUCCAGCUGAGUCGAUAUGGAUACCAGAAUGAUGCUGAAAUUUCCAAUUUGUAUGAUGCAAUGGUGGCAGCUCAGAUUCCCUACGACGUCCAGCACGUUGACAUCGAUUACAUGGACCGGAAGCUGGACUUCACCCUCAGCCCCAGCUUUCAGAACCUUGGCCUCCUGAUUGAGCAAAUGAAGAAAAAUGGCAUGAGAUUUAUUCUCAUCCUGGAUCCAGCCAUUUCUGGCAAUGAGACCCAGUAUCUCACAUUCACCAGAGGGCAGGAAAACAACGUAUUCAUCAAAUGGCCAGACAACAGUGAUAUUGUCUGGGGAAAGGUUUGGCCAGACCUGCCUAAUGUGAAUGUGGAUGGGUCCCUUGACCCUGACACUCAGGUGAAGCUGUACAGAGCCCAUGUGGCUUUUCCUGACUUCUUGCGGAACAGCACGGCUGCCUGGUGGAAGAAGGAAAUAGAAGAACUCUACAGAAACCCUCGCGAGCCAGAGAAGAGCUUGAAGUUUGAUGGAUUGUGGAUUGACAUGAAUGAACCAUCAAACUUUGUGGAUGGCUCUGUCACGGGCUGCAGCGAUGACGUGCUGAAUAAUCCACCCUAUAUGCCGCAUUUGGAGUCCAGGGACGGGGGCCUGAGCAACAAGACCCUGUGCAUGGAGAGCCAGCAGAUCCUGCCCGACGGCUCCCCCGUGCGGCACUACGACGUCCACAGCCUCUACGGCUGGUCCCAGACCAGACCCACCUACGAAGCGGUGCAGGAGGUGACCGGACAGCGAGGAGUCGUCAUCACUCGCUCCACCUUCCCCUCUUCUGGCCGCUGGUCAGGACACUGGCUGGGCGACAACACGGCAGCGUGGGACCAGCUGAGGAAAUCUAUCAUCGGCAUGAUGGAGUUCAGUCUCUUUGGAGUCCCUUAUACAGGAGCAGACAUUUGUGGGUUCUUCGGAGAUGCUGAGUAUGAGAUGUGUGUCCGCUGGAUGCAGCUGGGGGCGUUUUAUCCAUUUUCCAGGAACCACAACACAUUUGGGACAAGGAGACAAGAUCCUGUGGCCUGGAACUCAACCUUUGAGAUGUUCUCAAGAAAAGUCCUCCAGACCAGAUACGCCCUGCUGCCUUACCUCUACACGCUGAUGCACAAAGCUCACGUUGAAGGCAGCACUGUUGUCCGACCCCUUCUCCAUGAGUUUACCAAGGAUGCUACAACAUGGGACAUAGACCAGCAGUUCAUGUUGGGUCCUGCCGUCUUGAUCAGCCCUGUUCUGGAAAGUAACACUUUUCAGAUCCUUGCUUAUUUUCCCAGAGCCCGUUGGUAUGACUAUAGCACGGAAUCUGGCAGUGAAUCGCCAGGUGAGUGGAAAAUCCUGGCGGCUCCCCUUGACCAUAUCAACCUUCAUAUCAGAGGAGGCUACAUCCUGCCCUGGCAGGAACCUGCGAUGAACACCUUCUCCAGUCGACAGAAAUUUAUGGGAUUGAUUGUUGCUUUGGAUAGCAGUGGGAGAGCUGACGGUCAAAUAUUCUGGGAUGAUGGACAAAGCAUCGACACCUAUGAAAACGGAAACUAUUUCUUGGCAAACUUUACAGCAGCUCAGAACGUAUUGCAAAUUCAGACCAUACACAAUAAGUAUUUGAGUGACUCUAAUCCACUGAAAGUUGGCUAUAUUAGAAUCUGGGGCAUAAACUCUACUUAUGUAACACAAGUCACUCUCACCUAUGACAACCAGCAAUUUGUGGUGAUGACUUUCAAGAGUGACCCUUAUAAUCAGACACUAACUAUUCAAUUGACUGACAAGAUUAUCAGCCUGGAAAAGUUAACUGAGAUUUCUUGGAUUCAUGGUGGUCCUAUAGUUUCAACUACGCCAAUGAUGAGUACCUUCCCAAAGAGUUCUUCAUAUCCUCCUACAUUUACUACUAGAGCUACCCCCUCUGAGACUAUUAGUACUAGUUCUGCUACAACAAGCACUGCUACUGCUAGCAGUAUUGUUACUCUUCCUGUCACAACCACACCUUUCUUAACAAAUGCUACUCAAGUUCCAACUGGUACUACUGUUCCUGAUAACGUGACAUCUUCCCCUACAAAUGCUACCAGUGCUGGCAUUAUUGUCACUCUUCCUGUCACAAUCACAUCUUUCCCAACAGGUACUCCUGAAGUGCCACCUGGUACGACUGAUCUUAAUAACAUAACAUCUUCCCCUACAAAUAUUACCACUGCUAGUACUGAUGUUACCCUUCCUGUCACACCCACGCCUUUCCCAACAGGUACUCCUGAAGUGCCACCUGGUACGACUGAUCUUAAUAACAUAACAUCUUCCCCUAAAAAUAUUACCACUGCUAGUACUGAUGUUACCCUUCCUUUCACACCCACACCUUUCCCAACAGGUACUCCUGAAGUUCCAACUGGUCCUUCUAUUCUAAACACCACAACAUCUUCCCCUACAAAUACUACCACUCCUAGCACGAAUGUUACUCCUCCUGUUACAAUCAUGCCUUUCCCAACAAGUACUACUGAAAUCUCAACUGGUACUACUGUUCCUGCUAACACGACAGCUUCCCCUACAAAUGCUACUACUGCUAGCGCUGAUGUUACUCUUCCUGUCACAACCACACCUUUCUUAACAAAUGCUACUCAAGUUCCAACUGGUACUACUGUUCCUGAUAACGUGACAUCUUCCCCUACAAAUAUUACCACUGCUAGUACUGAUGUUACCCUUCCUUUCACACCCACACCUUUCCCAACAGCUACUCCUGAAGUUCCAACUGGUCCUUCUAUUCUAAACACCACAACAUCUUCCCCUACAAAUACUACCACUCCUAGCACGAAUGUUACUCCUCCUGUUACAAUCAUGCCUUUCCCAACAAGUACUACUGAAAUCUCAACUGGUACUACUGUUCCUGCUAACACGACAGCUUCCCCUACAAAUGCUACUACUGCUAGCGCUGAUGUUACUCUUCCUGUCACAACCACACCUUUCUUAACAAAUGCUACUCAAGUUCCAACUGGUACUACUGUUCCUGAUAACGUGACAUCUUCCCCUACAAAUACUACCACUGCUGGCACUGUUGUUACCCUUCCUGUCACAACCACACCUUUCUUAACAAAUGCUACUCAAGUUCCAACUGGUACUACUGUUCCUGAUAACGUGACAUCUUCCCCUACAAAUACUACCACUGCUGGCACUGUUGUUACCCUUCCUGUCACAACCACACCUUUCCCAACAAGUACUCCUGAAGUUCCAACUGGUACUUCUAUUCUAAACACCACAGUAUCUUCCCCUACAAAUACUACCACUCCUAGCACAAAUGUUACUCCUCCUGUUACAAUCAUGCCUUUCCCAACAAGUACUACUGAAAUUUCAAUUGGUACUACUGUUCCUGAUAACACGACAGCUUCCCCUACAAAUGCUACUACUGCUAGCGCUGAUGUUACUCUUCCUGUCACAACCACACCUUUCUUAACAAAUGCUACUCAAGUUCCAACUGGUACUACUGUUCCUGAUAACGUGACAUCUUCCCCUACAAAUGCUACCAGUGCUGGCAUUAUUGUCACUCUUCCUGUCACAAUCACAUCUUUCCCAACAGGUACUCCUGAAGUGCCACCUGGUACGACUGAUCUUAAUAACAUAACAUCUUCCCCUACAAAUAUUACCACUGCUAGUACUGAUGUUACCCUUCCUGUCACACCCACACCUUUCCCAGCAGAUACUUCUGAAGUGCCAACUGGUCCUUCUAUUCUAAACACCACAACAUCUUCCCCUACAAAUACUACCACUCCUAGCACGAAUGUUACUCUUUCUGUCACAAUAAUGCUUCCAACAAUACUACUGAAAUUUCAACUGGUACGACUAAUCUUAAUAACAUAACAUCUUCCCCUACAAAUAUUACCACUGCUAAUACUGAUGUUACCCUUCCUGUCACACCCACACCUUUCCCAGCAGAUACUUCUGAAGUGCCAACUGGUCCUUCUAUUCUAAACACCACAACAUCUUCCCCUACAAAUACUACCAUUCCUAGCACGAAUGUUACUCUUCCUGUCACAAUCAUGCCUUUCCCAACAAAUACUACUGAAAUUUCAACUGGUACGACUAAUCUUAAUAACAUAACAUCUUCCCCUACAAAUAUUACCACUGCUAAUACUGAUGUUACCCUUCCUGUCACACCCACACCUUUCCCAGCAGAUACUUCUGAAGUGCCAACUGGUCCUUCUAUUCUAAACACCACAACAUCUUCCCCUACAAAUACUACCAUUCCUAGCAUGAAUGUUACUCUUCCUGUCACAAUCAUGCCUUUCCCAACAAAUACUACUGAAAUUUCAACUGGUACUGCUGUUCCUGAUAACACAACAGCUUCCCCUACAAAUACUACCACUAUUGGCACUGUUGUUACCCUUCCUGUCACAACCACUCCUUUCUUAACAAAUGCUACUGAAGUUCUCACUGGUACUACUGUUUCUAAUAACACUACAUCUACAAAUACUACUGCUGUCUAGCGCUAAAGUUACUCAUCACAACCAUGCCUGUCCCAACAAGUGCUGUUGAAGUUGCAGUGAGUAUGGAUGUUUCUUAUAUGCUGUACCUUUCCUUACAAAUACUACUAACUGCUCAAACUUGUGCUACUCUUCCUAUCACAACUACCUCUUUCCCAACAAGUACUACUGAUACUAGCACUGGUACUACUCAUUCUUCAACAAGUAUUGAUGCUACUAGUACUAGUAAUACUAGUCCAAUUACAACUACUCCUUUUCCUACAAACAGUGGUGCUGAUACCACUUGCAAUAGUUUUUUUUUUUUUUUCUAUUAUGGCUAAUGUUUCUGAAAGUAUUCAUCCUGUGAAUGCUACUGUUGCUUCAAGUGCUGAUGUUGAUACCCCCGGUAAUGAUGCUCCUAUUACAAAUUCUCCUUCCCCUACAAUGUCUGGGGACAAUAGUAUGGGUAAUACUUUUUCUACCCCUUCUCCUGCAGAUACUCAUGCUACUUGCACUAAUACUCUUUCUCCGAUGACUGACUACUCCUUUUUCUACAAGUCUGUCUGCUGCUAGCACUGGUAAUAUUGUUUCUUGGGAGUACUGUUUUUUUCUGCACAUACUGAUGUUAUUAGGACAAAUAACACUAUUCUUGUCAUGACCACUUCUUUCCAAACUCCUCUCAUCAGUUCUGUUCCUACUCUUACCUCUACUCUUCCCAGCUUGAGCAUAUCUCCAACUAGUAAUGCAUUUAUGACUGCUGUAAGUACUAAUUUUACUAUACCUACGAAUGCAAACACCACUCAUUUCAACACUCUGGAUGGAUGCAAAGUACUUUGAGGGAAUUAUGGUUACACUUAUUUAUAAGAUAAUCUUCGGUUGUUACUGUUACCACGAAUGACUGAAUUCACUUACGGAACCCUAACCCUUCUCUAGACCAGAAAUCACUCAGACAGAGAUGAGUUUGUGAAGAUAGGGCAUCAGGGAGGCAGCGGCUGCCCAUGGAUUGUUUGCUUUGUCUUUUACUUACCAGCUUUCCCCUCCUUAUUUUACCAUCUAGAGUCUCCUUCUGUGCUUUGGGACUUUCAGCAUGGUCUUGAUCUUUCAUAUCCCCUCUUCCACUUAUUCCGAAUAUGUUACUUCUUAGCGCUCCCACACCCUCAUGAGCAGAUGUGUGGUCAUAACCAAAUAUUGUCAGGUGGGUGCUAUUUGAAGGCUUAACCCUAGGACAGUAUUCUGAACAUGCAGUCCCCCGAACACUUCCAGGAGUCCACAAGGUCAAGCCUCUUUUCGUGUUAACACUGCAUUGUUUUUGCCUUUUUCAUUCCUUCUCUCAUUGUAUAUGAUGCCGUUUUUCCAGAGACUGUGCUCUGUGUUGUCACACUAGAUAAAUAUAGAAA